CCUAAUUGUUGUGAUAAACUUAUUAAAUAGAGUGAAAUGACAAUUACUCGACUACGGGAGCGGCAAAUAGUGGCCUUGAAGCAGCUGAUUAACUUAAAUGCUGAAGUAUCAAAAAAGCAGCUAGCAGCAGAACCACAAUGGAAGGUCUUGAUAUUCGACAGGUAUGGCAAAGAAAUCAUUUUUUCACUCCUCAGCAUCAAAGAAAUCAGGGAACUUGGAGUCACCUUAACACUAUUAAUCCAUUCAGAACGAGAAGCAAUUGAAGAUGUUCCGGCAAUAUAUUUUUGCGUUCCUACAGAAGAAAAUGUUCAGCGAAUUAGUUCUGAUUGCGGGAACUUCAUGUAUGAAAAGUUGUAUCUCAAUUUUAUUGGCCAAGUGUCCAGGCGUAUGCUAGAAGAUCUUGCUACCAGAACAGUGCAAACAAAUUCAGCCAAUAUGAUUGCAAAGGUUUUCGACCAGUACCUCAACUUCAUCUCCCUGGAGUCUUCUUUAUUCACUCUCAGACACAGCAAUCGAGACAUCAUUUCAUAUCACACUCUGAACUCUUCGAAGACGAAAGACGCUGAGAUUGAGCAGAGUCUGCAGUUAAUGGCCGAGAGUCUGUUCUCAGUGUGUGUGACACUGGGCACUGUUCCUAUCAUUCGAGCUCAGAAAGAAACAGCCGCAGAAAUGCUCGCGCAGAUCCUGGACAAGAAAUUCCGGGAGCACCUGAAAGACAGUCGGUCAAACUUGUUCGUGCAGGACUCAUUCCAGGCGGGACAGAUGUCGUUCCAGCGACCUCUGCUGAUUCUCUUGGACAGAAAUUUAGAUUUGGCCACGCCUCUUCAUCAUACGUGGACUUACCAGGCUCUUGUGCACGACACAUUAGAGCUGCAGCUUAAUAAAAUCAGAAUUAGUGAGAGUGCUGGGCGACCUGUGAAGGACCACGAUUUGGGACCCGCAGACAAGUUCUGGCAGGAGCAGAAAGGAAACCCCUUCCCUACAGUGGCAGAGGCUAUCCAAGAGAGUCUUGAGGCGUACAAAGCGUCUGAGGGGGAAGUCACCGCACUCAAGGCCCAAAUGGGACUGGACGACGAGGCAGGUGACAUAGCAGCUGAACUAGUGAGUGACAACACCACUCUGCUGGCGAAUGCAGUAAGUAGUCUGCCAGAACUACUGGAGAAGAAACGACAUCUGAAUCUGCACAUGAACAUGGCCAGUGCUGUGCUUGAGGAGGUGAAGAGACGAAAGCUGGACCAGUUUUUUGAAACAGAAGAGAAGAUCCUGAGCAAAGGUGCCGCUAGUCUGGACAAGCCUUUGAACUCGUUCCUCCAAGACGGCGAAUUGGAACCGGAAGACAAAGUGCGUCUAUUCGUGAUAUACCUUCUCACGCGGCAGUCGGGGGAUGAACAGACAAAUGGAGGUAAACUAUCUACAGCCGAAAUCGACUCGUACUGCGCCGAGCUGGAGGCAUCGGGCUGCGACAUUCGGCCGGUGAAUUACAUCCGAAAGUGGAUGUCGAUUAACUCCAUGGGAAAUGUGAUGGCGGUAGGGCGUGCAGGGGCAAAACAGUCGUCGCUGUAUACGGGAGGAGGUAAUUUGGGCACGGCCAAGAUGUUCUCAAAUCUCUUGUCACAGGGAUCUCAAUUUGUAAUGGAAGGCGUGAAGAAUUUCGUACUCACGCAGAGGAAACUACCCGUGAGUCGAGUAGUGCAAAAUUUGAUGGAAAACAAGAGCGGUCUGAACACUGAAGUUGAUGAAUACGAGUAUCUGGAUCCAAAAGUGGCCCCUAGAUCAUCAGUCGGGGGAGAGGGGGGUGCGGCUGGAGACAUACCCAGGACGAAGAAUGCAUUCAAUGAGGCUAUUGUGUUCAUGGUGGGAGGCGGAAACUAUAUUGAGUAUCAGAAUUUAGUGGACCUAUUCAAUAACGGUAAAAGUGGAAAGAAGGUUUUGUAUGGGUGUACUGAGCUGUCCAACGGAAGGGAUUUCCUUAAGCAGCUCUGCUUGCUCGGGUCCGAUUGAAUUGAAGCGCAAUUUUCUGUUAAUGAGGGACCCCUCUUUAACUCAAUGUUGAACUUGCGAAGCGAUACCGAUAUGCUUCAAGAUUUAACUAUUUUGGACUGGUUUGUUUAAUCUAAUCACUGGUGUACGAAAUGUUUUAUGUAAAUAUAUAUCAAUCUCAAUUUACGAUCAAGUAAGACGCUCGA